AUGAGUAGAAAUGGCCUUGAAUAGAUUUGUAAUUAAGCAACUAAUUUUUGGAAAUCGUAACUUUUGCCAUAAAAAAAAUAAGUUGAAGAAGUUUCUACUGAUUUUGGUUCAAAUAUCCUCGUUGAAUGCUCCUUUAUUGAAGUUUCAGCUAAAAAAACUGAAGAGUUUCUCUUUCCAUAAGCUCUAAACCUCAGCCAGAUUAACGAAAAAGGUGAGUAAGAACCUCUUUAUACUUAAAAACACAACUCAUCUUAAAUCGAAAUUGAUGAAAAUUUUGAAGAAGAGGGAGAUGAAUUAUCCUGUUCUCAAUAACAGAGUAAAAGGAAGGAAAAGAAGAAAUCUAGAACUCGAUCAAAUAAAUCAACUAAAUAAAGAAUUACAAUAAGCCAAGAAGCUUUCAUCAUGGAACAAACUAGAAUGGGAACCAACCUCAAAGACAUAGCUCAACAAAUCCCUGGGAUGACUAUCAACCAAAUUAAGAGUGUAUUGAUGAAAAAACUAAAAACAUGUAGUAAAAAUAACGAUUUUCAAGGUGAAGAUAUUUCAGAUCUAAUAGAAAGGAUAUCUAAUUUACAACAGGAAGAAAACAUAGACAACGCUACGAAAAUAGAAGAGUUAAGACAGCAUAUCCACACAAUGGAGAAUCACUUGGAUUAGGCGAAGAAGUUGAUCUUAUAAAAAUAUAUGAUUUUAUUUCAACAAUAGCAGUGA